AUGAGCAACAACCAUCUAAGCUAUCUACGCAAUGUCAAAACAGUGCCAUCACCGUCUGGGUGGACACCAGAAACGAAAUACAUUGACAAGCUCUUCUGGUCACCCAAUGUACCUGCAGAAUUGAGAGAUCUCUACCAACCAGCAAACCCCAAAGUACAAGACCCACGACGUACCAUCAAUUUCAUGAACGAGCAUGUCAACUUGAUUGGCACUUUUCCCGGGACAAAAGAGCAGAAGCGCAAUGUCAAGAUCAAAAAGAUUACUGACAAGGAACAUCCCUGCUGUGGCGCUUAUGGACUCGUAGCAGCACAGACUUUACAGCCAAAGCAGCUGAUUAUCGACUACUUGGGCGUGGUAGAGUAUCAGGACGGCUACGAAGCUACUUCAGACUAUGUGCUGCGUUACGGCACGGAUCUAUCCAUCGAUGCAGGUCGAUGUGGCAAUGAAGCACGGUUCUGUAAUGAUUUCCGUGGCUGUGGGCCUGAGCCCAAUGUGUGUUUUAUGAAUUACAUGGAUGAAAAGACAAAACAUAUCAAAGUGGGCAUCUUUGUCAAUGGCAACCGCAAGAUCAGAAAGGGAGAUGAAUUGUUGGUUACUUAUGGCAAAUCAUUUUGGGCAAAACGAGGUAUCGACAUGAGUGGGCAACAGCACAAGAAAUAA